AGCGGCGAGUUGAUUAGCAAUGUUUAUAUGCUACUCAUUAAAGUUGGUGAGUGAGCCAUUGGAUGGCUUCAGGAGUAGCCUGAUAAAUAUCUGAAAUGCUGCCGGCAAAUUAUUGAAGUGGACAGUGAUGUACUGUACUGUUGUCCGUGGGUUGAGGUUGGUGACUCUUAGUUGCUGAUCAUAUUGGGACAUCGAGAGUUCUGAGGACCGGGGCAGUUUAAGUGCGCCCCCAUUACCCACCGUUCUGUCUACCAAUAAAAUUGUGUCCGCGCCAACUGAAGUUAAAAUUCACAUGCUCUCUGCUCAUCAUCAGCCCGUUAGUCAACCUACUGCUGAUGAGGGCCUCCCCCAUACCGUGCGGGUCUUGAGGGUUAAUUGUUCGUACUGUGCUCUCAGCAACGCUGGUCAGUUGCGUGUUGGUGAAGGCGUGAGAGCAGAAUACAAUACGUACAAUAGUUGCUGCACUGCCCUCUGCUGACAAUAAAUAUGUAUAACUAGAGAGGUUGAGGCUACGGGGGAGACUCGUUAGAAACAGGAGCUGAGAAUACUCUACAAGGAGCGGUGCUCAUCCGAGCUCCCAAGGGCGACUGAUACACACGGGGCUAUCAGGUGAAGCGUUGGCGUAGUGGUUAACGCGCAGUGCUAUAAACCCUGCCGCAUGAGUUGGAUACCCGGCCAAGGCCAACAUCGGGCUGGCAAGAGCCGCGGUCAACCGGGAGGGGAUCGGAGAAAGGUCGCGGGAAAGCCGAGCCAAUGGAGCCGGUGCAGCUGCAGAAGAGGCAGCGUGAGGAGGGAGGCGACACCCAGCACCACGGUCCGGACUCGAAGCGGCUGUGUCGGGGCUGCGCCUCGGCGCAAUUCCCCACCUCCCUCCCGCAGGGCCGGCCCGGGCAGCUCACACAGACCGACAUGAGGGCCGCCGGCCGGCCCGAGGCCAUGCAGAUGGAACCCGGGGUCCUGGGAUCAACGCCGCAAGUCUGCCCACGCUGUCUGGCCGGGGAGUCGGGCCACAUAAAUCACAUGGGGAGUUCGUGACGCGGGGCCUCAAGGCGCUACUCCACGGGCCCAGCCGGGGCCGCCCUCCCAGCCGCUGGGGCCCUUUAAUAGAGAUUAUUUUUGUUGUAAUUGUUUACUGAUUAGGAAUUUUAUCUCAGGUUGAGAGGUGUCUCGCUGCACUUAUCAUGCACGAUGAACACAGCAAAGCUGUCAUAGCCAGCUAAGCUGGCACAACACCUUUCUGAUAAAACCCAUCAUGGAAUGUUUUAACAAAAUAUUGCUGUAAUAUUUUUACACGUCAUUUUUAUAUUCACACUAUGUAAUACAGGCUAAUGGAUGGCGUGUUUCACUGUGUCCACGUUCGUGUUAUUUCAGUGUGCGAUUCUGAUUUAUAUCCAGACUAUGGCUGAGUUUAUAAAACAGUUUUAUUCAAAUCUUGAAUUUGUGUAUGGCUGGAUGGAUAGCAACUUAUAAGUCUCUGUCCAGAUUAGUCAGCCAGGAAGUUGCUGCAGUUGAUGUGUGGUGGAAUGCUUCAAUGUGGUUGAUGGUCUGGUGGAUGCAUCCAUAAUUGCAUACUGGGCAAUUAUGGAUAGAAGGACUUGCCAUGGGGUGUGCACGACCGUUUUAAGUAAACCAUUCUUUUUUGAGCGAGAUUAAAUCCCACACAUUCUUCAUUUGGAUCGGUCAUCAGAUGCUUUUUCAUGAUAUUCGUGUUCACUCAUAUUUGUCACCAUUUCUCUGAAGAUACUAAAGCCUGAUUUUAUAAUCGUAUAUUUAUGAAAUUAUUUGGUUAUUGAGGUAAACCAUGUUUGGAUAAUCGUUUGGACAGAAAAAAUAUUUUAUCACCUUGUAAAAAGUAUCCCACUCAAGAUCAGGAAAAAUGUUUACACCUCUAUCCUUCACAUGAACUGAUUUUAGAAAAAAAUCUAUUUUGCAUUUAA